AUGGGAAGGGUGUUUGCGUUGACUCUCGAAGGCUCGAUCUACAGCUGCAAGCACUGCGGAACCCAUCUCGCUCGUAGCGACGACAUUGUUUCCAAGUCUUUCCACUGCAGACAUGGGAAGGCUUAUCUCUUCAGCAAUGUAGUAAAUGUAACACUCGGGGAGAAAGAGGAGAGGUUGAUGAUGACUGGAUCACACAUAGUGGCAGAUAUAUUCUGCGUUCGGUGUGGUUCAAUCGUCGGAUGGAAAUAUGAAGUUGCUCAUGAGGAUAGCCAAAAGUACAAGGAAGGGAAAUCUGUUCUCGAGCGAUUUAAGAUCUCUGGACCAGAUGGAAGCAGCAGCUAUUGGGCCAGCCAUGAAGAGAGUAAUGGGGUCAGUAAUGAGGGUGAUCCUGUUAUAUUUUAA